AUGGAGGAAUCCCAGAGUCUCCGGUCCCUUUUCACAUCCGCAAAGGAGGCCAAGGCAGCGCUAGAGUCGAGGGGAGAUACCAACACCGAGAGCUACCGGGACGCAGUCAAUGCGGCAAUCACCAAGUUCCACGAAUGCCAGCGACAAGUCAGCAUUUUGUCGCUAUUCAGUUCAAAUGAGUCGCUAGACGAUGUGUCAACAGGAGAUAUUCAAUACAUGACGUUGGAGUACCAUCUUGCCGAACUCACCCAGCGAGGGUCUACUGCUGAUCGCGAAGCUACCCUUCGGCGCACAUUGGAACAAUAUGAACGAUUUAUUGCACGACUUGAUGAAUACGAGUUACUGUCAGCGGUGGACAAAAAGCUGUUUGAACAAUACAUGGCUAAUCCGUCAACUUUCACUCUCGCUCCCUUGAAUGAUGCCGCAGCUCGGCGGGAUGUCAAAGUGAGACGCUUUCGGGAAGAGAAAGAGCUCAAGCAAAAAUUGGAGUACCUUGCUCGCAAUGAAGCUCGACUCCAAAGCGACGAUGACGAUACUCGACGACUCUAUUUAGCGGAGCUGCAGCUCUAUAUACACCAGUCCUUCCAAGCGCUGGAUCUUUUGAUUCAAGAACUGUCAAUGCUAUCUGCCAUGCGGAAUGCCCCCGCACCGCCGCAAACAACCCCCGAUGACCCGAGACAACGAAGUAACCUGGGAGGAGCGAACUACUCAGAUCGCCUGGACCCGUCUCUGUCACAACUUCUGGGCCGGGGAAGGAAUGGACCCCUCUUGAACAGUAAAGGCAAACCGAUGCAGCCUUUUACAUUGCUGGAUCGUCGGACGCAGCUGCAGCAAGGAGUGUUCCGCUCAGGUCAUAAUCUCCCGACCAUGACGAUUGAGGAGUAUCUGGAAGAAGAGCAUAGGAUGGGAAAUGUACUUCAGGGAGGCGAACAGUCUGGUAUGAAACCAGAGGUUGACGAGGAUGACAUGGAAAAGGCAGAUGAAGAAACUAUGAAGGCACGCGCCUGGGACGAAUACGUGGAGGCGAAUCCCAAGGGGUCGGGCAACACGUUGAACCGGGGCUGA